CCCUUCUGCUGGAGAGCAAUGGUUACACAGGUUCCCUUUCUUUUAUCUCGCGAUUUUUUUAAGCCCUGCUGAAUUUGCUAGUAAAUUCUGAAAGUGGAGAGGAGAGAAACAGGAAGUGAGUCUGCUGGGACAGGCAGAAAAGCCUGGUGGAGUGAUCGAAAGUAAAAGAAAACUUCUUCCUGGAGACGUUUCCAGCCCCACCCCCUUCCUCCCCAUCCUCUUUGCCUCGUUCCCAGGGAUUUUUCUGCGGUUGUAAGAACCAGCCUCAGUCAUCGGAAAGUGUGAAGUUAGGCAGUCUAGGGGUCUUGGCACCGGGAGCUUGGCGACGGUGAUGUUGCCAGGACAGGGUGGAGCAGGUGAGUGCCUGGUUCAGAGACGGCUUCCGGACACUACGUUUCUCACUCAAGGGGCAGCUCAGACCUGCCGACUGGAGUCCCCUCUGGGUCCUGCCAGGGCACCAGAUCUCGGAGAGGGACAGUCUCCACAGUCCUAUAUGAGGACUAGGGAAGAACUUACCCACCAGUCCUUGGCCUGAUCCAGCCUGCAGAUCUUUGCCAUUCCGAUAGAUGUGCUGGGCAGGGAAGAGAGGCCUGUGACGCCCGUGCUGCUGUGAAGCUUCCAGGAUUUGCUUCUGGUAACAACUACAUUCUCCUAAUACUUGACCAGCAUGAAUUUCAAUAGAUGUCUCUAUAAUAUUGGGGAACAGCUGGACAGUGAAGACCUGGCCGUCCUCAAGUUCUUGAGCCUGGAAUACAUUCCACAUAGGAAGCAGGAACCCAUCAAGGAUGCCUUGAUGCUCUUCCAGAGGCUCCAAGAAAAGAGAAUGUUGGAGGAAAACAACCUGUCCUUCUUGAAAGAGCUGCUUUUCCGAAUGAAUAGACUGGAUCUGCUGCUCAACCACCUGCACACCAAUGAGGAGGAGAUGGAGAAGGAGCUUCAGAUACCAGGCAGGGCCCAGAUCUCUGCCUACAGGGUCAUGCUUUUUCAGAUUUCAGAAGAUGUGAACAAAUUGGAAUUGAAGCACUUUAAGUUUUUUUUGAGCCAGGAGAUCGCCAAAUGUAAGCUGGAUGAUGACAUGACCCUGCUUGAUAUUUUCAUAGAGAUGGAGAAGAGGGCCAUGCUAGGGGAAAAAAACUUGGACACCCUGAAGAGAAUCUGUGAGCAAAUCAACAAGAGCCUGCUGAAGAAAAUCAAUGCUUAUGAAGAACUAAGCAGAGAGCAGAGAACGAGCCUUGAAAGAAGUCCAGAUGAAUUUUCAAACGAUGUGUCGCAGUUGCUCGAAAGGGGGAGCUCCUUUGAAAUGCUGGCUAUGUCAGACUCUCCAGGAGAACAGGACAGUGAGUCGCAGACAUCGAACACAGUUUACCGAAUGAAAAGCAAGCCUCGGGGAUACUGUCUGAUCUUUAACAAUUAUGAUUUUAGCAUAGCACGGAAGGAUGUGCCCAAACUUCACAGCAUUAAGGAUAGGAAUGGAACAGACUUGGAUGCAGAGGCUUUGAACAAGACGUUUAGUGAGCUUCAUUUUGACGUAGUGCAUUUCAGAGACCACACUGCAAAGAAAAUCUGUGAGGUUCUGAAAUCCUACCAAAGCAUGGACCACAAUAACAAAGACUGCUUCAUCUGCUGCAUCCUCUCCCACGGAGACAAGGGCAUCAUCUACGGCUCCGAUGGGCAGGAAGCCCCCAUCUAUGAGCUGACCUCUUACUUCACUGGUUCAAAUUGCCCUUCCCUUGCUGGCAAACCCAAAAUCUUUUUUAUUCAGGCUUGUCAAGGGGAUAACUACCAGAGAGGUAUAGCUGUUGAGACUGACUCAGAACAGAAGGAAGCCUAUUUAGAAAUGGAUUCAUCAGUUCAGAAGAGAUAUAUCCCGGAUGAGGCUGACUUUCUGCUGGGGAUGGCCACUGUGAACAACUGUGUUUCCUACCGAAGCACGAUGGAGGGGACCUGGUAUAUCCAGUCACUUUGCCAGAGCCUGAGAGAAAGAUGUCCUAGGGGUGAAGAUAUUCUCACCAUCCUCACCAAGGUGAACUUUGAAGUCAACAUUUUGGUGGCCCAUAUGGGGACCAGUGAAGAUCCUCAAUGGCUCUGGGCUGGUGAGCAAACAGGUACUUGCAAGAACUACAUAUUGAGGCUGAAGAGCAUUUUGCAAUAUGGGUUCUGAUUAUCUCUAAAUUUAUAUAUGUAUAGAGGUCUAGAUGGAACACAAGUGAAUCAUGGUGCCAAUUCUUCACAUUAC